AUGGCACUCAUGAAGUCACGACUUCCCUUCGGAAGGCUCCCUUCCGAAGCUUGGAAGGACCCCUUGCGACUCGCGAUGACGUCACACCUUCCCUUCGGAAGGCAUGAUGACGUCACAACUUCCCUUCGGAAGGCUCCUUUCCGAAGCUUGGAAGGACCCCUCGCGACACGCGAUGACGUCACACCUUCCCUUCCGAAGGCAUGA